AAAUCUUCGAUUACUUUAAACUACGUGCCACUCAUCAUUGCUUCCUAUGUCGGUGGCAUUUUACAUGCUACUGUACACACAGUGGCCACAUUCAGCCUAUCCUUCUGUGGAUCCAAUGAAAUUAGACAUUUCUUUUGUGAUAUCCCUCUUCUGCUCACUAUUUCUUCUGACAUUCACACAAACCAGCUUCUACUCUUCUACUUUGUUGGCUCCAUUGAGGUAACCACUAUCCUGAUUGUCCUCAUCUCCUAUGGUUUCAUUCUGUUGGCCAUUCUGAAGAUGCACUCUGCUGAAAGGAAACGGAAAGUGUUCUCUACAUGUGGUUCUUACCUAACUGGAGUGAUAAUUCAUCAUGGGACAAUCCUCUUUAUUUUUGUGAGACACAGUUCAAAGUAUACUUUGGAGCAUGACAUGAUAGUGUCAAUAUUUUACACUGUUGUGAUUCUCAUGCUGAACCCCAUCAUCCACAGUUGGAGAAACAAAAAUGUAAAAGAGGCAAUGAAAAGAUGA